AAGAAGACCCCGAAGGAAUCGAAUAAAUUGUGCAUGUUUGAAAAAAUCAAAGACGGGGUUCCGAGCGAUUCCCAUAUUUCAGCAUAAUUUUGCCGUACAUUUAUACAAAAAGAGGCAUUAUGCUGAGAAUAUGCGGUGUCGCAGACCCACCUCUGAUCGUGACAGAAAAAGAAGAAGAAGAAGAAGAAGAAGAUGAAAAGAAGUCGGUAAAUUAAGAAAAAAACUAACGAACGAUUCGGUGAAAAAUACCAACACGCCACGCCGCUUCUGGAUCUCGGGCUCCUGACCGCCGAUGCAUCGUUAUCGUCAUCGUCAUUAUCGUAAUUACGCGAAAGAGUAAUGUAUGCAAAUUCUCAAGUUCUUCAAUCUCGCGUGUAACUGCAGCGCGUCUGUCUGACCAGCGAAAAUAGAAAUAGAAAAAAAAAAAAACAAUCCACUCGCCAGAAGCGAAAAAGUUUCAAAUUUAUAAAGAGGAGCUUUCAGUAUAAUCCCCGUCUCGCGCGCGUUAUGCAUACAUAUAAUAUAAUGUGCCGCUUGGUUCACAGGGCUAUCAUAAUUAGCAUGACCUCCCCAGACUUCGUCAGGGAAUAAAUUAUCCAUCGAUAACAAUAAUUUUUCUCAUUUCAUUUGGUAUCGUGUACGCGGGUACGAUCACCGUAUCGAUUAAAGGCAAAUCAAAUCGUUUUCGCUCGCAGUCUUUGUCCGACGAUUUGCGAUGCAUCAACGUCAUCCGGUUUGAGAGAAGCCUUGAGUUUUCGUCUAAUAAAAAGUAAGAAACUUAAGGGAGAUGAAGAUAGCCGUGAUCGGUGCGGGGAUCGUGGGCGUCACGACGUCCCUCGCGAUUCAGGAGGCCUUUCCCGAUCACCGGGUGACAAUUUUCGCCGAACUUUUUUCGCCGGAAACGACCGGGGACGGAAGCGCCGGACUCUGGGGCCCCUACAUCCUGGGGGACACGCCUGAAAAUCGUAUUUUACGUUGGUCCAGCGGAACGCAUCGGUGGUUGUCGGACCUCUGGAAGAAGGGAUGGGCCUCGGAUGCCGGAGUUUCGUUGAUUCCGGUGACCAGAGUGACCAGUGCGAAAGGGGGGUACCCGGAUCCGGUUUGGAAGUCGACGGUUUUCGGGGCGAGGGAGAUCGGGCCGGAUCAGCUGAAAAGAUUGAGCGAAGAGCACGGUGCCGAUUACACGGGCGGAUGGCGGUUCGUCACGUUCACCGGCGAGCCGGCGAGGCUGAUCCCCUGGGUAUUGAGGAGGUUCACGACCGGGGGCGGGAAAAUCGAGCGCAGAAAAAUCGUGGAACUCGAAGAACUGGCCCUCGAAGGCUUCGAUUUGGUCGUAAACUACGCGGGACUCGGCGCCCGAGAACUGGCGAACGAUUUUCGGGUAAAACCGGUCCGCGGACAGGUGACCAGAGUCGAGGCUCUUUGGGCCUUCAAUGUCUUCAUAUCGGACGACGACGACUCCCACUACGUUAUUCCAAACAUCGAAAGCGUCGUUCUUGGAGGCACUCAUCAGGAGGACGAUUACGACCGAGAAAUUCGUGAAGAGGACACAAAAUUCAUCCACGAGGGGUGCUUGAGAAUACUUCCCGCCUUGAGAGGUGCGAGAAUAUUGCGGCAAUGGGCGGGCCUGAGACCGGGGAGAUCCAGCGUCCGUUUGGAAAUCGAAUUUCCGAGGGGGAAAAAUGGCCGAACAUUUCCGGUGAUUCACAAUUACGGUCACGGAGGCAGCGGAGUGACAUUGUCGUGGGGUUGCGCUUCAGAAGUCGUCCAGAUAAUAAAAGAUAAUUUUUGCGUAUCAAGAAACAAUAUCGAUUCGAAAUUAUGACGCCUUUUAUGAUAAUAAAAUGACUAUCUAACUCGU